AUGGACUGCCUGUGUGGAAAGAGAAAGACUCCGGAGCAGAUGGUGCGGCGGAACCAGCGAGCCCUCGCGCGCGCCAUGAGAGACCUGGAGCGCGAGAGACAGACGCUGCAGACGCAGGAGAAGAAGAUCGUCGCUGAGAUCAAGAAGAUGGCCAAAGCCGGCCACAUGGACGCCGUCAAGAUCAUGGCCAAGGACCUGGUGCGCACGCGUCGCCACAUCAAGAAGUUCAUGGUGAUGCGAGCCAACAUCCAGGCCGUGUCCUUCAAGAUGCACACGCUCAAGUCCAACGGCGCGAUGGCCCAGGCCAUGAAGGGCGUCACCAGGGCCAUGGCCGCCAUGAACCAGCAGCUCACGCUGCCGCAGGUCCACAAGAUCAUGAUGGAGUUUGAGGAGCAGUCGGAGAUCACGGACGUGAAGGAGGAGGUGAUGAACGACGCCAUCGACGACGCCGUGGGCGAUGAGGGCGACGAGGAGGAGGAGGAGAGUGAUGCCAUCGUCAGCCAGGUGCUGGACGAGCUGGGACUCGGCCUCACGGACAAACUCUCGACUCUGCCAGCCACGGGCGGCUCGCUCAGCGUGUCCAAGGGCACGGUGGAUUCACGGCUCCACAAGCAGCAGCAGCAGGAGCAGCAGCGAGAACUUGCCGGCCACAUGUCGCUGCGAUGUGUCGCGUUGCUGUUGCUCGUCUCCGUCUCCUUCCAAGGCGUCGAAGCGGCGAUCUCCGUGGCGGUGACCCCGCUGGUCGAGGUGGAGCUGGGAAGUCCGCUAGUGAUCCCCUGCACGGUCACCGGCUCCGUGGGCGACCAGGUGGUCACCCAGUGGUUCAUUAUUUCACAAUCUUCUCGAACGAGGAUCUCGUACCGCGACGCGCGACUCUUCGUGGCGGACGUGGGCACCGGCUACGAGAGCCGCAUCGACGCUCGGCGCAGCGACUCCGCGCUGGCGCUGAGCGCGACGGAGACCGCUGACGAGCGCCACUUCGUCUGCCAGGCACUGGCGGGGCGCGCCGGCGUGGCCGAAGCCACCGCAAGCGUGCGGGUGUUUUCGGCCCCCAUGGUGGCCGUGGCGGCGACCCAGAGGCCCGUGCUGCUCACCCAGCAGCAGCAGCGCCACCACAAGAUCGGUGAAUGUUACGUGCGCAACGCUUACCCAGAGCCCCUCGUCACGUGGUACAAGGCGUCCCUGCCCCUGUGGCCAUCACCUGACGUGAAAGUGACGAGGAAGGUAGUGACGGAGGCCGACGGCACCUUCGCCGUGACGUCCGUCCUGCGCUACAAACUGCGGUGGUGGGAUGCGAGAGCCGGCUACCGCUGCGUGGUGAACUACGCCAUGCCGGGCGGCAGGAGCGAAGCCGUUGCCUCGGAGACGAUCCACGUGAAGGUGCAUUAUACACCCCGCGGGAGGGUGGCCCUCAUCCUGGAGUCUCACGGCGAGGCGGCCGUGAAGGAGGGCGACACUGUCGUGUUGAGGUGCUAUGCUGAUGGAUUCCCCCCUCCCGAGGUCGACUUCUACCGGAGCUCCCCGACGCGGGUGGACUACGGCCACGCGGCCGCCGGGAACGCGCUCACCCUGCCCGCCGUCAGCCGCGACCACAGCGGCACCUACGGCUGUCGCGUCCGCGGCGGCCGCGACCCGCCCGACAGCAGCGUGGAUCUCCUGGUGCACUACGCGGACAACGUGAAGCCGCUGGGCCCCACCGAGGCGACCCGGCUCACGGCCGGGGACGUCGUGCAGGUGGCCAGCGCCGCCGCCUCGUCCUCGUCGCCCGCCGGGAUACCCACCCUCACGUGGACACAGGCGGGGACGGCGCUGUCCGGCGGGGCCACGUUGACCCUUGGGAGCACGACGCCGUCCAAGAUGGGCGCCACCUCGCCGCCCUCCGUGCCGGGCCUGGGGAGGUCGCGACCCGUCAAGGUCGCUGUGGGAGGUCACCGGGGCGGAGGAGCGCAGGAAGCAGACGCAUCGGGACGUGGGCUGCCGUGGCUCAUCAUCAUCCUCAACCUCCUCCUCGUUGUCGUCCCCCCCCUCUUCCUCGUCUUCUGCGUUUGGGCGCUUCGUCACGUUUGCUCGAGAGAGCCGCGAGAGGUCGCGGUCGUGGCCAGCGAGCGAAGACGCUGA